AUGGAAAGCUGUGCAGAUCGAUAUGUCCACUACCUCGCAGAGCAGUUAACGCCUAUUGCCAUGAACACUGAAGAGAUCCAAGAACACUCGAAAACUGACCCCGAAUUGAUUCUAGUUCGACAAUGCAUCGAGAACAAUCAAUCCCAUAAGCUUCCACCACAAUACAAACCCCUUGAACAAGAAUUGAGCAUCGUAGACAAUAUCAUACGACGUGGCAAUCGAAUUAUCCUGCCAACAAAAUUGCGAAGCAAAGCAAUCAAAUUAGCACACGAGGAUCAUGUGGGUAUGACGAAAACGAAACAACGCAUCCGCUCUAAGUUAUGGUGGCCCAACAUGGACAAGGACAUCGAACAACACAUUCGAACAUGUCAUCCUUGCCAAAUCGUAGGAAAACCAGACAGACCAGAACCGGUACAAUCUACCAAGCUUCCAGAUGAACCGUGGACAGAGCUUGCAAUUGAUGUAUGCGGUCCAUUCCCUACAGGAGAAUAUGUAGUUAGCCUCAACGACUAUUACUCAAGAUGGCCCGAAGCAACAAUACUUCGAACAGUCACGUCAGCGAAAAUCUUAGAAUGGCUCGACAAUGUUUUUGCAACACACGGAUAUCCUAAACAAAUCAAGAGCGAUAAUGCCAGUUAUUUCACAUCGCAAGAAUUCAAGCAAACCCUAACUUCCUGGGGAAUCCAACAACAUUUCAUCACACCAUAUUGGCCUCAAGCGAAUGGUAAAAUAGAGAGAUUCAACCAAGUUAUACUCAAGCACGUCCUUACCUCAAACACAACUGGAAGAGAUUGGCGAAAAUCCCUACCAAUGAUGCUGCGAAACUACCGUACAACGCCUCAUCAAUCCACCGGAGAAACCCCAGCGAUGAUGUUGAUGCAUCGGGAACUUCGUACCAAACUACCAAGUGUAAAAUCAUGUAAAUCGUAUGACGACACGAGAGCUCAACAAGUGGACGCCAAAGCAAAGCAACAAGCGAAAGAAUACGCCGACGGAAAACGGCGAGCUCGGGAAAAAGAUUUCAAAAUUGGAGACAAGGUAUUGCUGCGUCAGCGGCAUACGAACAAAUAUUCAACACAAUUUUCCAGCGUUCCCUUUACCAUCAUAAAGAUUAUUAGAUUAACGGUUCGCAUUAGAACUUCAAGAUCAACACGGACAAAAGUACAAACGUAACUCAGACCAUGAGCCGGCUGAAGGAAAAGACGAAGAAGAUGAUACGGAACACCCCGCGAAUGAACAGGUCCCACAACAAGUCCCUCAACCAGAAGAAGAAACCCCACCACAACCAGAACAAGUAACCCAACCACUCCCUCAUUCUCAACAACCCCUAUCCGUCCACUCACCACCCAGGAAAAGAUCAGCAAGAAAAACAAAACUACCUGAACGAUUUGGAUAUUAG